CGCCGCAAGGGGAAGUGUCGUCGAUCCCCGUAAACGUUACUACUUUUUUCGAAGUUCUUAACACAGUUUUUGUUUUAAAGUUUAACAAGGAAGUUUUAUGUGGCCGGUCUUUUAUCCUGUCGAGCUGGAAGGUUAAGAGACAGCGCUCGGCAGUGUAGUUUAUUGAGUUUAUACGUUGGUUGUGUUUUUUCUGUUAUUGUUGUUUUUUUUUGUUUGGUGCAUCGUGCCGGCCCGGAGACCCAACGGUCCCAAAGAGGCUGCAAGUCUGGACGCGCGGCCAACAGACUCCAAAGGACAAAGCCUUUAGGGCGUGUAAUUGUGGUGGUCGGCGCGAGCGGUCCCCGCUCCAACCGUCAAGCUGGCAGCGAGCGCGUUAAGCAUGAACGCUCACUACCACGGGUAUGCCGAGCUCAGCUCGCCGCACCCGCCGUCUCCCGAGGCGGCCUUCGCGGCUAACGGCCACGACUACCCUCACAACAACAACAAUCCCGCGCUCAAAGAAUGCGCCGGCUGCGGCGGCAAAAUCGUCGAGAGGUUCCUUCUACACGCGCUAGACAGAUACUGGCAUCAUGGCUGCCUGAAGUGCACGUGCUGUGGCCAAGCCCUGGCGGACAUGGGCAGAUCCUUCUACUUCAAAGGUGGCAUGAUCCUGUGCAAAAGCGACUACACAAGAAUGUUCGGUUCAGGCGGCGCGUGCGCAGCGUGCGGGCAGGCCAUCCCCGCGAGCGAGUUCGUGAUGCGGACGAAUGCUCCGCAGCAGCCCUUACACGUCUUCCACAUAAAAUGCUUCGCGUGCUCCAAGUGCGGCUCACACCUAAUGCAGGGCGAUAGGUAUUACAUGCUCGCGGGUUCCCUCGUCUGCGAGCAGGACUGGCAGAAGCUGAUGAAGAGCGCGAACGCCGGCAGCGGGCCCGCGGCGCCGGUGCGCAAGGGCAAGGUCGGCCGCCCGCGCCGCUCGCGAGAAUGAGCGCCGCCGGGCCCUGUGCCCGCGCACCACUCGCAUAGGGACUACGAGGAGAUGAUGGCGUGUUCGUAUCUCAGCGCUGGGAUGAAGACUGAGGCUAGUGCUGCGUGCUGGACCCCGCCCAACGUGGGUCCGCUGGCUGAUAUACAGGGGCCUUCGGGGCUGCCGGCGCCUGUUUUCUUGCGGCCGCCGGCGAUGCUAGGGGUCCUGCCCCCGCUGCCCGGCCCGCUGCCUGGCCCGCCGCACGAGCCGGCCCUGGACCUCACCACGACGCCAUCCCUCAAGGCCCGGCUGCCGUCCUCACCUAGUGACGACGACACGGAGUGACAGUGUUGUGCCAGAGACAACUGAACUCUACCGAUCGCGAAAUUAUUACACAUUUUACAGUAAUAAUUUUAACGUCAGUGAACUGUUAAGUUAUACCUUAGUACCUACGACAUAUUUAAUUUCGGUUGUGAAAAUGGCAAUUCUGUAAUACUUAACUCGCUCUAUGUAAAUUUCCAUUAAACUACUGGUACUUAAGAGUUAAACAGAAUGAGAUGUGUUAAACACAAGGGAGUUGUAUUUAUAUGAAAUGAUGAAGUGUGUGUAAGUGUGAGGAAAUGACAUAUCUUAUGUAGGUGUGGAGGCAUUUUAUCUUCUUAUUGAAAUUAAGAUCAGUUGUGUUAAAAUCUCACGAGUUGUGACCUCCAUAAGGCGAGGAGGAAGGCGUAUUUAGAUUUCUCCGAUUAUGACCAUAUAAAUAGCACAUAUUAAAUGCCAAUUUAAAGAAGAACAAAUCAUAAAUGCUAUUUGAUAUUUUCUUUUGCCUCCUCAUUCGACCUAGAGAUUGUAACUAUCGUCUAUUUUCUUUUCAACAGUCUUUCUUUCUCGACAACCAGCAAGAGACCUUAUACUGGUCUUCUUACUCUUGGUUUUAUUUUAAUUUAUUUAAGCAUCGUAAUUUGGAACACCUAACCUGAAGAUAAAGUGUCACAACUCAAAAUUUCAACUAAUAUUUUAGUAACAUUUGUGUAAAAAUGCCGUUUCAUUUGGCUAAAUGGGUUAAAAAUCUGAAAUAUGGAAAAAAUAUAUAUUAUUUUUUAUUAUUUCAUUUGACACUGAAUCAGAGGUGCAGUGUUCCAUUAACGUCUUAUACAUGUCGAUUCUUGCCAGAAAUCGUAUCUUUUAUAACCUUGUUUGUAACAUCGACCGUGUUUCUCGCGCACUCAUCUCUGUGAUUUGCAAUUUUGCUGUGUAAAUAACUUUCUCGAAUAAAUUUGUUAUUUCGUAUAUAAACGACGAGCUGUCGGACACGACGGCCCGUCACUAUUAUUCGUUUAUGAUGUACAUAUUAGCAUAUUCUAGGUGUAAGUAGGAACAUCUCGCACCUAACUUUGGGCGCAAAACUUCGUAGCAAUAAUUUUGAUGCCAACGUCUUUGAAGUAUUAAAUCAACUUACUAACGGUCUCUGUAUAUAUAUUGAUCUAUGUUUUACCAUUAAAGUUGUUCAAAUCGAUUUCUAAAUAAAUGUAUGCAGUUAUUGUAAGUACUUAAACGCUAACAUUCCUUAAUACGUGUAUAAUGUCUGUGUAUCAUUGUAAUGUAAAACAUUAUAUUUCAUACUAAAUUAUUUAUUUUAACUUGUUGUCAAUGUGGCUUAGAUUAGAAUUACUAUUCUGACAAACCUAAUUUAUUGACAUUAAAAUAAAACUAUGUGUAAUAAAAAUGUAGAUCGUUUCUGAUAUCACAUUAAAGGCAUAAAAACUCUAUAUUUAUUUAAUAGUAUCAUAAUAGGUAUCCCUAAACCACAUCGGCAUGCGUGCAUUAAUGUUAGCGUUUAGUGAAUCUUGCCAUCUAAACAUAUGUUAAUUUACUAAAAACUACACUGACUUUAGAGAGAUUUUGAGAUUGGUUCAAAAAUCACCAAAUGGUCAUCAUUUAGUUACAGGGAACAGCACUACAGAUUUUAGUUGCAAAAUCGACUCUAUCACAACUACAUUAGAGGCCACAGUGUUUACCUUGGUGUGCUGUUGUCUGUAGUAUCAAAAAUCGAAUCUAAGUCCGUGGCAGUUUAUUAGAAACGACAGUUAUGGUGUUACCAAUACACAAAGAAAGAACAUACAUACUUAGAAUAAGAGAACCGGCGACAGGAGGAGAAAAUAAACAUUUUGUAAAUUA